AUGAACAUCGACAAUUUCGAUGCCAUGCUUGCCAAUCCUUUUGGUAUAAUCAAAGAUACCACCAUCCAAACUAUGACCCGAAAACGCAAGCCAAAUGCGACUAAGGGGACUUGCAAUUUACCUCCUGAGGUCCAACAACACUUGGUCAAUCAUUUAGUAGAAGGCUUCAGAGGCUUCUUCAACUCACUGCCAGGUUCUGAAUCUCACGAACAUGUACCCUCUACUUUCUUCGGUUACUCUCAGGCUACUAUGAUUGUGGGCUCUUUGGAUCAGGUCCAGUCAUCUGAGGACCACGACCUGCAACUGAUUUUUUUGGAAAAGUUGAUGGGAGGCCAAUACUUCUCAGGUCAGGUUAACUGGCUCAAAGAUUCGCUGAAAUCAUGGUUUGAUGGGGAAUUUCACCAAGCGCACCUUCAACAGCGCAGGGAUCACAAAAAGUAUAUGGAAGAGAAGUAUCAUCGAUUACGCCGAGAGAUCCAUGCAGAGGAGGAAGCAAUAGAAGCGGACCGGAUAGCUCUACUAGAAUCUCAAGCCCUUGCGCGCGCCGCCGGAAGGGCUGAACUCAAGGCCAUCAAAGAAAAGGAGGACGCCGCCAGGAAGGAAGCCGAGAAAAUAGCCAAAUCCCAAGCACGGGCUGCAAAAGUGGCAAUUGAAGAGGCACGCAAACUCGCCGCAAGAAAGGCUAAAGCAGAGGCCCGUAUGGCAGCUCGCGAGGUCAAAGCACAAGCUGCAAUGCAAGAGGCCGCCAAGAAAGCGGCUGAGAGACGUGAAAAGGUACUUGCAAGAGAAGAAGCACGCCUUGAAGAAGAGAAUCGGAAGGCAGAAGAGCGGCGACUACGCCGAGAGACUAGGGUGAAUAACAAAAAGAAGGCCCAUCUGAAUCGCCUCCUCCAAAAACAGAGAAAUUGCAAACAGGUGGCGAAGGAGGAAGGAGAUCGGGUUGCAUUGGAGGAAUUUAAGGAUGUACAUGCGCAAGGGUCUGGAGAAAGCAUGGGUGAGUGA